CUGUAUUCAUUUCCUCAACCCACCCUAUAUACAUCUCAAAUCUUUGAUCCAAAUUAUUCUAUUAUCCCAAAUUUCUAACACUAAUAUGGGUAUAGAAACAUGGUUAAUAAAGGUCAAAAAAUCCAUAUUACACCCCAAGGGGAUUAAACCAAUGAUCAAGAAAUCAAAGGUUGGAGUUUUAGCCUUUGAGAUUUCAUCAAUCAUGCCAAAGCUCAAUCACAUGUGGUUAAAUCUUUCAGACAAAAACAUAACCCGUCUUCACGAAUCGAUACGCCUAGAAGGUGUUCGACGAAUUGUGUCAACCAACGACGCGUUUCUUCUCAGCUUAGCGUGUGCGGAGAUGGUCGAAAACCUCAAAAUGGUGUCGAAAACAGUGUCGAGACUGAGCAAACGGUGCGAAGACUCGAAGAUUCGGUGCUUUGAGACGCUGUUUGAAGGUUUUGCUAAUACGGGCCGUGACCCGUAUUGUUGGGCUUUCGGGUGGAAAGAAAUGGAGGCCCGGAUCAAGAAGAUGGAGCGGUAUGUCGCAGCCACUGCUACGCUUCAUCGAGAGAUCGAUGAACUGACUGUUAUGAAGCAACAGAAGAUUCUUGAUUUGGAACAAAAGAUUCAUUGGCAGAAACAAAAGAUUCAGUAUCUAAAAGGGAAAUCUUUAUGGAAUAAAACUUUUGAUCCAAUAACUUUAUUACUUGCAAGAUUAAUCUUCACAAUUCUUUCAAGAAUCAAACUUGUUUUCAAUAUAAAAUAUAGUUAUCCACCUUCUUUGCCUAGAAGCCUUUCGGCUUCGGCGAUGGUCUACCCGACCGAUCAACCGUCGAACACGUUCACCUUCGUAUCCGGUCCGUUGAUCAAAGGGUCAAAACACGAAGAAACGAACGAUCUUUCACACGGGUUUUUCGAGAAGAAUUCCACGAUUCUAAAACCGUCGUCCACCACUUUAGGAGCGGCUGCGCUCGCUUUACACUACGCUAACUUGAUCGUUGUAACCGAGAAGAUGAUAAGAUCGCCGCAACUGGUGGGUGUUGACGCUCGGGAUGAUCUUUACUUUAUGUUACCGAAGAGCAUACGGUCUUCGUUACGGCGUCGGUUGAAAGGGGUUGGGUUUACCGCGAGUGAUCCGGUGCUUGCGGGAGAGUGGAGAGAGGCGUUGGGGAAGAUAUUGGGGUGGUUAUCGCCGUUGGCGCAUAAUAUGUUGAAAUGGCAGAAUGAAAGGAGCUUUGAGCAUCAGAAUUUGAUGCCGAAAACGGGUGUUCUUCGUUUGCAAACGCUCUUCUUUGCGGAUCAAGAGAAAACCGAGGCGGCGAUUACCGAGCUUUUAGUUGGUUUGAAUUAUAUUUGGAGAUUUGAUAAUGCUAAAGCCUUGUUAAAUUGUACUAAAUUCAGGUCUUGAAAUGUGUUUUGGAGAUGAUUUUUGUGAUAUGUAAUAUAAUGAAUCUUAAGAUAUAGUGUAAUUUGGUUUUAGUG